UUAAUUUAAAAUUUUUUUUUUUUAUUUAUAAUGUUUUUCAUUAUUUCAGCCAAACCAUGUUGCGAUGGUUUCUGCAAUGGACAUCACUUCAUAUCAAAUGAAGGAUGUACCAAUUGCAGAUAUUAUUGCCGUAUUCAGCAAGCACGUAGUAGUGCUAGUGGACAAAAGAAGCAGUUCUACAAGAACUAGCUCUAGAAAUUAUAAGUUAUAUGUUCCGCCAAGAGCACCUGAUGCUCCAUGUUGCCAUUGUGCACCGGCGCGAUACUGCCCUUACCAUGUGCCACGUCCAUGUGCCCAAGGCUCGCCCUUCCAACACCACCACCACCACCAACAACGGCCGCAAGAACGGCGGCAGGAACGGGAACAACGGCGGCAAGAACAGCGGCGACCUGCUGGCGAGCUGGAUCGGCGACGUGAAGCUCUGCGACCUGCUAGCGAGCUGGAUCAGCGACGUGAAGCUCUGCGACCUGCUGGCGAGCUGGAUCGGCGACGUGAAGCUCUGCGACCUGCUGGCGAGCUGGAUCAGCGACGUGAAGCUCUGCGACCUGCUGGCGAGCUGGAUCGGCGACGUGAAGCUCUGCGACCUGCUGGCGAGCUGGAUCGGCGACCUGUUGAAGGGCUCGAUCGGCGACCUGCUGAAGAGCUGGAGCGGCGACCUAGAGAUCUGCUGUAUCAGCGACAACGGUGGGGACAAAUGCAACAAUGGUGGCAAGAACAAGAUCAACAAAGAAGAAGAAGUUCAAUUGUUGACUGGGUGCCACACUCCCAUGUGGACGGCAGCGGUCGGCGCUGGACCACAAAACUUUACCAAUGCCAACACUGCUACCUCAAACUGUCGAGGGCGAAGUAUUUGGAGCACAUAAGAAGUUGCGUUGACGACCCAAAAAUAAAACAAUGCUUGUGGUGCCCAUUCGCCAGCAAAGUUAGCAUUGGCUCCCAUCACCGAUUUUGCGAGGGCAUGGGGACCCGUUAUAUUCCCAUUGGGGAACAAUUGCUUCUCAGAAACAAAUGGAAAGCAAUGGUGCGAAGGUCGAAUACCGCAAGUCAGAACGGAGGAUCCCGCCCCAUGCCGCAAUAUCCGGUGCCAUAUAGCCAAAAUGUUAAUUUAAUUGGUCUUGGCCGUAACCAUUCCGAUUCAGAUUUAGAUUAAGAGGAGAGAAUUAGAAAAUUUUUAUUUUGUAAAUUUUGUUAAAGCCAAACGAUGUUGCGAUGGUUUCUGCAAUGGACAUCACUUCAUAUCAAAUGAAGGAUGUACCAAUUGCAGAUAUUAUUGC